UCACACACACACACACGCGCACAUACACGCACACACGGUGCUCGUAAAUAGGCUCCAGAUGCCUUUACAGAACACGUUCGUGUGCACGCUGUGUGGAUUGCAUUUUCUCUUUUGAAUCACGCAGAUGUGAAUCCAUCUUCCUGUCAUCGACAAAACAACACGAUUAUGGCGUUGUGUGCAAUUUCAGAACACGUGGGAAGCGAAUAGGCUGGCGGCUGUGCGCCCGUCCUCCCCUGUGAUAGAGGAGCGCGCGGUGCUGCAUCGGUGAAAUGAGUGAGAGGUGCAGAGGAGACAAUCAAUGAAGACCGCAAGGGCUCCUGUGCGUUUUGGGCAAGGUCAGAGUCCAGCCUGUGUGAGAUUAUGCUCUGUCCACGCGGGAACAACAAGGAAUGACUUUUACGCUUCCUCACGAGGGAAGAGGUCGCCUGGGGAUGUUCCCUAAAAAACAGAGAGGUUUAUUCUCUGUGUUGGAUUGAAGAGGCAGCAAAAUCCCUCCAUCUGCAUGAUCAUGGUUGAGCUUUGUUUUUGACAACCUUCAAGCUGCAUGGCUUCUUUCUUUUCUCACUCAGCCCGGAGAUAAAGUUUCUUCGCUCUGCUUGACUGGUGGGGGGUAUAUUCGGCCACCGAUUCGUUUAAUUGCACCCAGUUAAUGUGAUUUAGAGGCUGCUGGUUAAAAAAAGAAGGGGGUGGGUGCAGCGGUGGAUUAAAUUCCAUCAGAGCAGCAUCAAAACAGCGGCGGCCAGCUGUGUUUCUGGACGGUCACAUCUGUUGUUCUCCUCGCUGUCCAUGGUGCUGAACUUGUGCUCCAGGAAUGGUGGAGACGCUGAGUAUCGCAGUCAUCGGUGCUCCCGGAGUGGGGAAAACUUCUAUAAUCCGCCAGUUCAUCUAUAACGAUUUCUCGGAGGUGUACACACCGACCAGGACCAGAUAUGUGUACAGACCCUCCGUCAUCCUCAACGGGAACAUGUACGACCUAAAGAUUUUGGACGUCCCGCCAAUCUCCUCCUUUCCAUCCAGCUCCAGUCAGGAGUGGCUGGAUUUGCGCUGCAGAGGUGUGCGCAAUGCCAACGCCUACAUCCUGGUGUACGACAUCUGCUGCGUGGAGAGCUUUGAAUACGUCAAGAUGAUCCGACAGCAGAUUGUGGAACACAGGGAAGGCAGCAGCAGUGAGGUGCCAAUCCUGGUGGUGGGCAACAAGAGAGAUCUGCAGCGGCAGCGCUUCAUGCCUCGCAGGGCGGUGUCAGUCCUGGUCAAGAAGACCUGGAAGUGUGGUUAUGUGGAGUGCUCGGCCAAGUUUAACUGGCACAUAAUCCUGCUCUUCAAAGAGCUGCUGGGCAUCGCCGUGGCACGAGGAAUGCGCCAGAACCACACAUCCAUCCGUCUGCAGGGGGCGCUACAGAGGAAUCGCUGCACCAUCAUGUGACCCAGAGAGCUCCCGCCACCCUCUCACCUCAGGAGUGGAGCGGCAGUGGAGAAACAAGGACUUCUGAUCUAAAUGGCUGGAAAAAUACCCUGUGGCCUGCUGCUUUACUGAGAUGAUAGGUGUAUUAGUCUUGCGCUGUAAAAGACACUCCAAUUUCACACGUGAUCAUCCGACCACUUCCUAGUCAGAUCCUGCCAAAUGUGUUGAAGCAUGGAAGGAGGUAGGAGAGAGAGCAAGUGAAAACCAAUAUGACUAGCACAACACAGUUAUUUUUACUCUCAUCAACUAGACAGUUACUGUUACAGUUACAGUUACUCAUUUGAGGCUUCCCUAAUUACCCGACCGCAGGUCUCUUUGAGGGUUUUCUUGUGGCGUGGACAUGACAGGGUGGGAGCUGUGUUAGUGAGACUCAAAAUGGAGAGGCAGCAAUAUCAUGGAGUCUUCCUUUUGAAUUUGUCAUAUUCAGUAAGGUCAAGAACAGACGGUCAGAUCUGAUACAUUUGGAUUUGUUUGAGGGUUAGUAGUCAACAAGAUACUAUAAUAUAGAGCAAAGUAAUAGCUAAUGCUUUACUUCUGGGUUUAUUUUCUUGAAAUAGAUAUUAGAUCAUGUUUUAUUUUAGAUUCUGAAAAGUAGCCUGCAUUUCUUUUUUCCCGUUUCAACCUUGGCUUAGAGUGAUGAGAUGUUUGUUCAGGCAAAGGAGGUUUUAAGGUUGUCUAGCAGCAGACAAUGCUGCAGUCCUAAUCAUGAUGUAUUGUGUGUCUUUCAUCUGCUCUCUCCUUUCAUUCAGUGUGUUUCUGAUGAAUAGUUAAAUCCAGGAAACAGGGGACCUGCAGGAGGCUGCAGAGCCUGAAACAAGAACCUGUAUGGUUGUUGUCAUGUGGAUGUUUAUAUAUAUAUAUAUAUAUAUGUGUGUGUGUGUGUGUGUGAGAGAGAGAGAGUAAGAGAGCAAGGCAGAGAGGCAGAUAUCAAAGCUGACAUUCAGGCACGCAAAGGACAGACAGGAAGAUAAGAGACUGAUCAUUAGGAAGGAGCAAUAAAAUCUCACAGGAACAACUGUAUGACUAUAUAUAUACAUAAGUAGACGUAAUCUACUUGUUCGCAUAUAUCCUGCAGAAAAAAAGAAGCAGAGCUUAGAGCUGUGGUAGGCACUUUAUUUUUGCCAUUGUUGGGCAAGAAUUCCAUAAUAAUCUUUCAGCAUAUUGUUAUUCCAGGCUUCAGAAUAUCUAGCCGUCACGGGUGACUUUAGUCGAUCACAGGUCAUUGAAGAGAGAGAUUCCUAUUGGCUGUUCAGCGCAUGCAUUGCCUGUGCGACAAAAAGGGGGAGAGGAAGAGCGGCUGGAAGAGGUUUCACUCUACUCCCAAUUUUGCCAAUUUUUUGCAUUCUACCCACCACAGCUUUGAAGUGGUUGUCCUCGAAAUUCAGAAUUAUAGCAGCAGACAACUAUGUGAUAUGUAAAGAUGUAGGGGAGUAAUGUGUCCUGAGCAGAGAAGGAAGUCACACUACCUCUGUGUUUGUUGUAAUCUGAGCUUCUGUGUUCUUUGAUUUUGUAGCCAGUUCGGCCACAUGUGCAUGUGGUACAUGUGCAUGUGGCCGGAAAAAAAAAUGUAGGUAUUUUACCGUGUUGAGUAAUGGUCUGUGAGAGCUGUGUAGAGGGAAUCCCAGCCCGCUGUUGUUUUUUUCAGUAUUUCGAGUACAGCCGCUUUGAUGACUUCCACAAAACACCCCAUGAGUGCAUCACAGGGAACCUUAAUACAGCUUUCAUAUCAGUAUCUGAAUAGUAUCUAAUUGGUAAUGUUGUGAGAUUAACAGUUUCUUUUUUAUUUCAUUAGGCCUAGUUACAGUAGGUAGUUUGUGAACAUGGCUGCACUGAAAGUAAGACCUAUUGUAUAUUCGAGUGAUUCAUGGAGUAAUUGAUUUGCAUGCUUUUGUUGGUAGAGCCAACAGGUCAGGGUUUAAUUGCACUGAUGUGAAAAUGUGAUAUUGUGUUUAAUUUUUGUAUUACUGUACAUGGUUUUCUGACACUGUAAUGAGCAGCUGAGUGGAGUGGAGUGAAUGUGGUUGUUUUUCACUGGCAUGUGAGAGCACAAGCUCAUGAUCUCUCCAAGAUGUAGUUUUGGACCCUUCAAUCAGGCAGAUGGAUGUGUUUGUUUUUCUUUCUUGUACAAAAAAAAGAAAUAUGUAGCAGCAACUGUGUGUAGCAUGAGUUCUCAUCAGUUUGUCUGUGUGUGUUUCCAAAUAAAAAGGGCUACCGUUUUUU